AUGGCGUUGGAAAUUUGUCGGGAAAAUUCUGCUCGUUUUCCAAAUUCUUUUAUAAUCUUUCGAACAUUCUUUUCUCGAUCGCUCAACAUCUCAACAAUCUCUUCAUUUGAUGUGGGCAAGAUUAGUGUUCUUGCCCAAUCUGUCUGGAAAGUGGCUUCAGAAAAUAUGAAAAAUGCAUUCUCCCAAUUGUCAAAAAAUGCCGAAAAUUACCUUCGUACAUUUCGUGCACCUUCCUUUAUAAGCCACAAACCUAGAACAAAAAACUUUUCAUCUUCCAAUUUCACCAAUUCAACAUUUGAACGAAAGGAAUUGCCACCUUCAAACGAAAGAAAUUUGCAUCCACUUUGCUUCGAAAUUAUGACCGCUAAAGAUUUUCGAAAAGAUGAACCUUUUGUGGAUUUAAUGGAUUCUCAAUUUGUUGAUGAUUCUUUUGAUGAUGAUUUUAUUAUAUCGAAUGAAUCAAUGUUCUACGAAUUUGAUGAAGGUUGUUUUGAUAUUUUUCAUAUGGAUAGUUCACCAUCGAGUUAUUCACCUGGAGAUAUUUUUACACAAGGCUGUCAGUUUGAAGUAUCUGUUGAUACGACUCUAUUAUUUGAAGGAAUCCAAAUUCAAGAAUCUUCUCAACCAGAACCUGAAGAAACGAAAAUUGAGUUUGACGACACAGAUGCUUAUGAUUUCUUUUAUGGCAACCUUAGUGAUGAAGAUAAAAUUGGCUUACAAUUGCAAUUUAAAAACCACGAUUCCAUUUUUUUGUGA